GAUUACCAUGAGUCAUUUGCUUCGACUGUAUCUGAUUGGACUAGCAACAUGCUCACUAGCAUAGUCUCAAAAGCUACAUCAGGAUUCAGGUCCACAUCACCGGAGGAGAAAGAGGUUUUCAAAGGGCCAAUUCUGGAGCCUGGAAUGCGCGAACUGCUGGAUGAGGCGGAUUCAUUUUCUAAAGCUGUUGAAGAGCUUCGUGGUUGGGUAAUGAAAUCGAAUGCAUCCGACUCACCCAAUGCCAAGAAGUUCUUGACUCAAAGCAUUCAGUUAUUAAUGGGAUGCUACCGCGACAUCUUCAAGCAGAUUCAAAACCAAGUGAAUGACAGCUCCUCUUCAGACACUUCGCGCACGGCCACGAAAGCCACGAAGGAUAGUGAGUUCCGAAAAGUCAUUAGAAGAGACCUCGAAAGAAGAGUAGGCACCUUGAGUGCCAUAUUUGUCAGCGACACGAUUAGGAUUGAAAAUUUCAACCCAGAGAUAGUCCUGAACUGGGAGAUAUCUCUUCGAGCUGUGACUUCUUCUACAGCACAAUUCAUCACUUGA